CUUGCACGGCAGCGCUUCGAUCCAUUGAUUUUAAUUGCUAAAAAACUUGGUAGCGUGCGGUUGCUCUCGUGUGCAGUGCUUUCCCACAUACAACUAAUCAGUGUGAAAACUCACGAAAUUCGAAAGUUUUGUUUCUUUUGUGCUAAGGUACUUGUUGGUAGGCAGAUUAAACGGUGGUGUGCAGUGAAUUUGGUUUAAAUCUGGUGCGGAAACUUACCGAUUGAAUCAUGAGUGAAAAGCAGGACCCACAAAAUGGCGAUCACCAGAACGGCCGCAACGAUGAUGAUGAAAUUCGCGAGCCAGAACAUCUUCGCAAGCUGUUCAUCGGCGGUCUGGACUACCGUACAACGGACGAUACGCUGAAGGCAUAUUUUGAAAAAUGGGGCAAAGUGGUGGAUGUGGUCGUAAUGAAGGAUCCGAAGACGAAACGUAGCCGCGGAUUUGGUUUCAUUACAUACUCGAAAUCGUAUAUGAUUGAUGACGCACAGGCGAGCCGUCCGCAUAAGAUUGAUGGUCGUGUGGUUGAGCCGAAGCGUGCCGUUCCACGGCAGGAUAUCAACCGCCCGGAAGCUGGCUCGUCGGUGAAGAAACUGUUUGUUGGCGGUCUGCGCGAUGAUUUCGAUGAGGAACAUCUGCGCGAGUACUUCUCGAAGUAUGGUAACGUCAUUUCAGCCUGCAUUGUGACAGAUAAAGACAAUGGCAAAAAGCGAGGCUUUGGUUUUGUAGAGUUCGAUGAUUACGACCCAGUGGACAAAAUUAUUUUGCAAAAAAGCCACACGAUUCAGAACAAGCUGCUGGAUGUAAAGAAAGCACUGCCAAAGCAGGAUAUGGACCGGUACAAGAAUGACAUGGGUCGUACUGGUGGUGGUGGUGGCGGCGGUGGUGGUGGCGGUGGCGGAGCCUGGGGCAACCAACGCGGCAGUGGCGGUGGUGGCUGGAACAGCCAGCGUGGUAGUGGUGGUGGCGGCUGGGGUAACCAGCGCGGUGGUGCCACAAACGAUUGGAACAGCGGUGGGUUUAACAAUGGUGGUGGUUUCAACAAUGGAGGUUUCAACAACGGAGGAAACAGUUGGAACAACGGAGGUGGAAACCCAUGGGACAAUGGGUGCGGUUCGCAAGGUCAGGGUGGCUGGGGCAACAACGGUGGCAAUUGGGGUGGCAACAGCGGCGGUGGUGGUGGUGGAUGGGGUGGAAACGAAUUCGGGAACAACUACCAACAGGGAUAUAAUGCUGGCCCGGUGCGUGCCGGAAACAAUUUUAACCAGCGAGCGGCACCCUACGGUACCGACGGUAGUUAUUACGGCGCAUACUAGUCGAUAGCUAACCGAUUAACUUGCGUUUCCAGGCAACCAAGGUGCUGGGAGCAGCGGAAGAUACGGCACUAGCCGUAGGUAUGGAUCUUGAGCUUGAAGAUUGAAUGUCCCGUAAGAUAAAAUGUAUAAGAUCGUUACUCACUUGCGUAUCAAAUCCACCUGUCCACCUUUCGUUGCGCAUCUUUUUUUUUGUUGAAUCAACGACUUCUUUUACCCCCCAUGUUUUGCGACUUGACGAGUGUGUGGUAAUGCAUUAACACGAUAUCGAUCGUUUCGAACUAUCCUUCACCACCGUUCGUUUGUUCACCGUGUCAUGUCAGCCCGCAUGUCACACCACACAUUGUUUUAGUGUUGUUGCCCCGCCGUCGACCGCAUGUGUUGCUAACGGAAUGCUCUCGCACAUUGUUUUUGUGCGUGCCAUCGUGUCUUUCUUAUCAACAGCACAGAACCACCAUAAUGCAGCACAGCUAUCCAAAGGUACAAAGCAAGGUUUUAAAUGAGCUAGCUAAAACAGUACAUUGCAUACCAGUCACAGUGAGAAAAAGCGUACUCAGGCAGGAUCAGUGUAUUAUGGCAGUGACAAAGUACAGUGGCAUUACCGUUAAGGGCUUCGAUGGCAGGCAGAGAAGCAAAAAAGAGGUACAAUCUAUAGGCCACCGAGCAGCACAUUAACAACAGGAAGGAGUGCAGGAGCGCACACACGAGAUCAAGGAGAGUCACGAGAUAUUGAGUAGUGGAGAAGGUUAUUGCAUUCAAUUGCCAGGAUCAGCUCCACUUUGCUCUGUAGACUAAUCGCAUAAACCAGCAACAUCAGGCGCAACCCUUCCCUCGUCAGUUUGAGCGGUUUCUACAAUUCAACGUAUACAAAUGUGUGAUUUGUAAAAUGAAUCACAUCAUCACUGCAGAAAUCGACCUAGUAUGACAGUGGUAGGAAAAAGACCGGAAUUUGAAAGGAUGUAACGUUUUGCAAUUUGUCUGUGUUCCCUUUCCUCUAAUUCUCGUGUCACGGGCAGUGGUGGUUUUACAAGACCUGAUGAGUGAGUAGUGGACAAUUCCAGAAAAGAAAAAGAAUGGCGCAGCUCUAUGAUUUUUUUUAUGACACUAAUAGAAAGACAACAAUUUUCAAUGAAAAGUCUCUGCGCGUUUUAGCGUUUGAUCUGCUGUGCACCACAACAACUGACUUGACUCAGCAUAAACCAAUCGAAAACAAAGUGAACCAUAAUAAAGAAAAUCCCCGUGUAUCGGAAUAGGAAAACUUAUUAAAACAUAACACACCAAUAUAACGUUCAAGAUCUCGCUGCUACCUUAGUUGUCGGUAUGUAACACAGCCCUUGUGUUUGCGAUGAAACAAAUAGCAAGUAAUAUUAUAUUUAUUAACUAUAAAUGUAUAGAUGUAUGGAAUCGAAAUAGAUUAGAGAUCAAGAAGAUCGAUACGAAGUAUGCUUUAUAUUUUCCAGGUUAAUUUUAGCAAGAUUGGUUUUGGUACAUAGCAUCCCGCAUAAACACACACAAAUUUUAAUCCACAAAACAAACAGUCAAAAUAUUAGUUUUUUUUUUUGGAUCAGACAGAAUUUGCAGUCACAGUCCAAUUUCCACGUUGCAGAGACAUAAGAUCAUAAGAAAGAAUAGAGUUCAGUUACAAAGCAAGAAAGAAUGUAAGAAGUGGCAAAUUUGGUUGCUAGAAAGAAAACAAACGAAAUCGUCCAGGAAACUAACAUGACUAGGAAUUUGAGAACUUUGCAUGCAAUGAGGAGAUAAAGCAGGCCUACGGCGCAAGCACGGAACUGAACUUUUGUAGUGUCUCAAACAAUGUGGUGUGUGUUGUAUAUAGAAUAUAUAUGUUUUUCUUCAUAAGGUGGUAUGAAAGGAUCCUUUUAAGUCAUUUAGCAUCAGUUGCAAUAGAUGAUAUAGUGGACUAGAUUGUUUCGAUUAAAUUUUUCGAUUAGUAAUAUAAAAACCAAGAGAAAAACAAAGAAAAGCAAUGGGGUAAGAUUAUAGAUUUGGGUUGUGCAACCAGCCUUUAUCAUUUAUCUCAGCUACCUUAGUAGGAAGUCAGUUAGUCCCUGUACGGUCAACAUGCAUACAUGAUUUCUAUCUAUCCUUAUUGUGACACUGCUGGACAAAACGAGAAAAAUGUAGACUUGAUUCGAUAAUAAUAAUAUGUGCGCAAUGGUUGAUAGUGAGUAAAAUUAUGUCAGCCGACCUGAUAAAAUACUAACAGUCGAAAAAUGAUAGAGGAAUCUUUUAAUUCAUUAUAUGAACACUUGAAUAAGUUAGCAUGAAGGUUCAAAGACUUGCUAAAACCACCCAGUACCCGUUUAUUUAAGUUUUGAAAUUCGCAACUUUACACACAUAGUUACAGAACCGUAAUAACAUACACAACAUCCCUCCUAGGAGAGAGGAUUUAGGGAACACAAAAUGAAGAAUACUUGAAACAUACUUUGAGCGUAAGAUCAUGUCGCAGUAAAAUACAAAUAAAUUAGAUAAGAGUACA